UGGGAGGCGCCGUCGCGUUUCCACGUCCGGUGAUGGCGGCCGUGUGUUUGAGCCCAUGAGGCGGGCAAAUUGUGUUCCCAACCGCGCUGCGGUAAAGCAGAGGACGUCCGAGGCAAUGGCGGGGGUGUUUGACAUUGACCUAGACCAACCCGAGGACGCUAUUUCAGAUGAUGAGCUGGAAGAUGGGGGUACAUUCAGCGAAUUUAUGGAUCAUGGAGGCAUACCAUAUGAACUUGGCAUGGAACAUUGUGAAAAGUUUGAGAUCUCAGAGACGAGUGUAAAUAAAGGUCCAGAAAAGAUUAGACCCGAGUGUUUUGAACUACUCCGUGUCCUUGGAAAGGGUGGCUAUGGGAAGGUUUUUCAAGUACGGAAGGUAAUCGGAGCUCACACAGGAAAAAUAUUUGCAAUGAAAGUACUAAAAAAGGCUAUGAUUGUACGCAAUGCAAAAGACACGGCCCACACGAAAGCAGAGCGGAAUAUUUUGGAGGAAGUGAAACAUCCCUUCAUCGUAGACUUAAUAUACGCCUUUCAAACUGGUGGAAAACUCUACCUCAUCUUAGAGUAUCUCAGUGGAGGAGAACUCUUUAUGCAGUUGGAAAGAGAAGGGAUAUUUAUGGAAGAUACUGCUUGCUUUUACUUGGCUGAAAUCUCAAUGGCUUUGGGACAUUUGCAUCAAAAAGGAAUCAUUUAUCGUGAUCUGAAACCAGAGAACAUCAUGCUUAAUCAUCAAGGACAUGUGAAACUUACAGAUUUCGGUCUUUGUAAAGAAUCUAUUCACGAUGGCACGGUCACACACACCUUCUGUGGGACAAUUGAAUACAUGGCCCCUGAGAUAUUAAUGAGAAGCGGUCAUAACCGUGCGGUUGACUGGUGGAGUUUGGGGGCGUUAAUGUAUGACAUGCUUACUGGAGCACCGCCAUUUACUGGUGAAAACCGAAAAAAAACAAUUGACAAAAUUCUUAAAUGUAAACUUAACCUGCCUCCCUACCUCACUCAAGAAGCCAGGGAUCUUCUUAAAAAGCUGCUAAAAAGAAAUGCUGCCUCACGCCUUGGCGCAGGAGUUGGUGAUGCCGGAGACGUUCAGGCUCAUCCGUUUUUCCGACACAUUAACUGGGAAGAUCUUCUGGCUCGUAAGGUGGAACCCCCCUUUAAACCACUCUUGCAAUCCGAAGAGGAUGUGAGCCAGUUUGAUUCGAAGUUUACACGUCAGACACCCGUGGAUAGUCCUGAUGAUGCCACCCUCAGUGAAAGUGCCAACCAAGUGUUUGUGGGCUUUACUUAUGUGGCUCCCUCAGUACUUGAAAGCGUAAAAGAGAAGUUUUCAUUUGAACCAAAAAUUCGUUCUCCUCGCAGAUUCAUCGGCAGCCCUCGCACACCCGUGAGCCCUGUAAAAUUUUCUCCUGGUGAUCUAUGGGCAAGAGGAACAGCUGCUGGGACCUCGAACACACAAGCGCCAUCUGAGUAUCGAAUGGAUGUGGGUGGAGUGGAACAAAUGGACGUGACUGUAAGCGGAGAAGCUUCAGCACCUCUUCCGAUCAGACAAUCCAAUGCUGGGCCAUAUAAAAAACAAGCUUAUCCAAUGAUCUCCAAGCGACCAGAGCAUCUGCGCAUGAAUCUAUGACAGUGCAGUAUUUUCAGAUAUGACUUGUACAGGUGGUAAAACAAACGGAACCUUAACACAGCUUAAUACAGAGCAAAAAAAAAUAACAGAUUUGGGGAACUCACAGUCCCUAUGAGAGAGAAAUUAUGGAUUCAGUUGCUGCACGGGACAGUUUGGAAAGACUAAACAUUAAUUUUUUUUUAAGAAAAUAAUAUAUAUAUAUAUACACAAAUAUAUAUAUCAAUCAAUGGUGCGCAGAUUUAAGGAGCAAAACACAUUAUAGAGGUUUUGAAAACUAACCAAUUCCCAUUAAAGGUUUGGAAUCAGACAGUAUUAGACAAAGCAGGAAUAGUCACUGAUGUUUUGGUGUGUAUACCCCAGGGCCUCUUUUCCAUCUUCCAAAAUGAAUCCUGUGAAGAUUCUGGAAUAGGGUUUAAUUCUCUAAGUAAAAAUUCUUGCCACAAAAUCAUUGCCAAACUGGGCUAUAAACGUGUACGCUCAGUUCCCAGUUCUGAUUAAAGCCAAUUCUUUUUGUGAUCAAAUGUUGAAUAUUUACUAUCCAUGAAUGUGAAUGCCACGCCUUCCUUUUCCUAAAAUUAGGGCUAGAUAAACCCAGAAACCAGUUGGAUGUCUUCCAAUGUUUUUUGGGAAUACCUGCAUUUUUUGGGUAACUCCUAAAUUGGUGUGAUCAUUUGCAAGCUACCCAUUGACGAUUUUGAAUAUAAAAAUGCUACUUGACUGUUUCAAGUGCUUCAGUAGGAAAAGUAAAUGAGUGAAAACAAUUAGAUUUGACUUGGAUCCAAGGUCCUUUCGGUACAUGAAUGUUCUGGGAUGCUGCAAGCUGCGAAUAAUUUUACACCUAGCCUCUUCUUUUCCUCUUAUUCAAAAAAAAUACAAACAAAACACUUUGAUCUGGUUGUCCUCCUAAUGUGGACUUGAAAAUUCUGGGACUUGAAUUUCUUUCCAGUUUGUAGAAGUAUUACAUGGCCUUUAUACUCAUGUCUUCCAUGGUGAGGAAAAAAAAAAUACAAGUCUAAGGCUGAACCUUGGGAAUGUUUUUACAAUGCUGGUCUUGUCUUGAAUUCUGUAUCAGUGUCUUAAAGGUACACAGACGGAAAUAAAGGUAACUAUACCUUACUUGCCUUAACAAAGCAUUUUCAUCAACAUCACUAAUGAGGUAAUUCAAUCCCACUCAUGCUGUAAUUCGUGUAGGUUAGAGACUUGUCAGUCCUGUCCCUCUGUUUACCUGUUGCUGCAUCGAGUAUUCCAGUGUGACAUUCUGAAAUGUAUGAAAGGCCUGCUGCAAGGUUUUUAAAACACACUUGUUCAAUCUGUUAUAAACUAAGAUGUAGGAUCCAAGCCAUACACGGUAAGAACGGAAUCCCUUAGUCCAGGGCAGAAAAAUAAGUUUAACGUAGAUUUAGAGAGAACCUGGCAAUAGUGGUUUGAGUGUGACGUUUCUGUCUUUAUAAUAUGAGUAGAUUCUUAAGAAUUGCUUGUGUGUUAUACAUUAUUAAAUAAUGCAAAUCGUAUUUUUAAAUUCUUAUUUUCUUAUCACGGCAAACAAACUGUGGUAGUUGCUUUUGUCUGCUUACGAAAACAGUCUUACAGCAACAGCAUUUUAUUCUAAACUAAUCUGUGUCCACAGCGGUUCUGCUACCACCUUCCCUUUGUUGGUUCAUUACCACUGCAUUGGGUAUUUGAGAAGUAAAGCCUUAAACAAUUUUCAUUAAAACAAAUUUCUUUUGAUUAAAUAUAUACAAAAA